AUGAUCGUCGGAAAAUCGGCGCCAGCGGUCCGAGGCCCCAGGACAUGGUCACCAACGCACCCAAGCCCCUCACUCUUUGUAGAUCAUGCCAAGCCUGUGCCAACAGCAAGCGUCGUUGCAAUCGAGGAUUGCCCUGAUGCAGUCGGGGUGAAAUUGGUAUGGACGCGGCCUAACGCAGUAGCUUCUUCACCCAGAGCCCGACUCCAUCGGCCUCUCCAGCUGGAAAUUCCAAAAAGCUACCCCCAGCAGAUUGUCCGAUUUCUUGUGCAUUGCAUGCGCGAGUUUCCCAUAGCAUUUGCGCAUAGCAGAAAGACACAUUUCAUCCACCCGGACUUAUACAAAAGCAAAAUGCCGACACAGAUUAUAGCAGCUUACGACUUGUGUAAGCUGCAUGCACAGAUUGACCAAGGAAAGGGCACUGGGACGGCCACGCUAGGCCCCCGGCUUCGGCAGCAACUGAUCAAUCUUCUCGACCAAUUCAGGCACGCAAAAAGCUUUGAGGAGCUCCUCGCCUGCGCGCAGGCAUUGAUUCUUCUUCAGUGUAUUGUCCUGCUACGCGACGAUCAGAACAAAUAUUCCGAUGGGGUCAGCUGCAGCCUGGCAGAUCUCGGCCAUCGUCUCUGGCAACAGGCCCCCUUCCAACUUCCACAUGCGCUCAGUCCGCGACGCGCCUGGAUAUACGCAGAGAGUGUGCGGCGCACCAUCAUUGUGGGUUUCAUGUUACGAAGUGUAUACUCUUUACAGAGAAGAAAUUACUCGAUUCGUACGCCGUUUAUUGAUUCGUUGCCGUUUGACGUUCGCACAUCGCUGUGGGAUGCUCCAGGACAGGCGUGGGUAGACGGUCCCUCUGAAGCCGACAUGGUGUCUCUGCACGAAUACUCGGGUAUGCUGGAGUCAGGGCAGAUCCAUGAGAUCACCCCAUUUGGAAGUCUGAUAUUAGCCGCUUGUAGGGGAGUCGCUAUUUCAGAGAUUCCAUUUCCUGCAGCGCUCCGUCCUCGGUAA